CGCGGCUGGUUCCUCGCACCACGUGCCCUCCGGGCCGCUCCCCCAGCUGCCCUUUCCAGCUGCCUGUUGGAAGCUGCUGUAAAAUGUCGUGACGGGCGCUGCUGCUUUACGGCUGCCUCUCCCUAAGUGGAGCCCUGGAGCGCCCACCGCCGUCAGCCCUGUCUCUACGAGUCGGCCGGGCAAGAUUGAGAGGCCCGGCGCGCCGCUGCCCUCCCCGCCGCGCCCGUUCCGGCCCUCGGCGAUGUGAGCUCGAGGAGGCUGCGGUGCCCCCCCGGCCUGGGGUUGAGACGGGCGGCAGGUGCCUGUGAGGCGGGCGGGUGCUGGGGGCCUGCAGGAUGGAGGAAAGCAUGGAAGAGGAGGAGGGGGGCAGCUACGAGGCGAUGAUGGACGACCAGAACCACAACAACUGGGAGGCCGCCGUGGACGGCUUCCGGCAGCCACCCCCACCCCCUCCGCCCCCCUCUUCGAUCCCAGCCCCUGCCCGAGAGCCUCCGGGGGGUCAGCUGCUGGCGAUGCCUGCGGUCUCCGUGGACAGGAAAGGCCCCAAGGAGGGGCUCCCGAUGGGGCCACCGCCGGAGCCGAAUGGGGUGAUCAUGAUGUUGAAGAACUGCGACGCGGCUGCCGCCGUGGCCAAGGCGGCCCCCGCCGCCACCCCCACCUCCAGCAUCAACAUCAACACCUCCACCUCCAAGUUCUUAAUGAAUGUUAUAACUAUUGAAGAUUAUAAGAGCACAUACUGGCCAAAAUUGGAUGGUGCCAUAGAUCAGCUUUUAACUCAGAGUCCUGGUGACUAUAUCCCCAUAUCCUAUGAACAGAUAUACAGUUGUGUGUAUAAAUGUGUAUGCCAGCAGCACUCGGAACAGAUGUAUAGCGAUCUGAUUAAAAAGAUAACUAAUCACUUAGAAAGAGUCUCAAAGGAGCUGCAGGCCAGCCCUCCAGAUCUCUAUAUUGAAAGAUUUAAUAUAGCUCUUGGACAGUAUAUGGGAGCAUUGCAGAGCAUUGUGCCUCUUUUCAUAUAUAUGAAUAAGUUUUACAUCGAAACCAAGCUUAACAGAGACUUAAAAGAUGACCUUAUAAAGCUGUUUACGGAACAUGUUGCAGAAAAGCACAUUUACAGCCUAAUGCCUUUACUUUUAGAAGCCCAGUCAACACCAUUUCAGGUCACACCUUCAACUAUGGCAAAUAUUGUGAAAGGCCUGUACACUCUCAGACCAGAGUGGGUUCAGAUGGCUCCGACUCUAUUUUCUAAAUUUAUUCCAAACAUUCUCCCUCGUGCAGUGGAGUCUGAACUUUCUGAAUAUGCUGCUCAAGAUCAGAAACUUCAAAGAGAACUUAUACAGAAUGGUUUUACAAGUUAAUGGACAGAUUCUCGUUUGGGCUGGAGUUUAUGUGAAACAUCUUUAGGUUCAUGGAAAUAUCGCGUGGAGUUAUUUCAAAGCUAGAAGUAACGUACAAGCUAAGAGCAAUAUUUUCUUUUUAUGUAUUACCUGCAUAAUUGAAUUGCUUAUUGGGGGAAGGGCAGGUUGGUGUUUGUUGUCAAAGAAUACAUUAUGGAAGAUAAGCUCGUUUGGGAACUUCUAGCCUGCAGUCUCUCAGAUGGAGCAUCCUCAUUCAAACCAGCCUAUGGGCCUCUUCAGAGGGUCUGCCAGAUAGCUUUUAAAGGCAAGUAAAAUGUUCUUGCUGAGUGAUUGUUACCUGGAUUUCUGGAACAAAAUAGAACCUUGUUAGGAGUAUUAUUGGUCUUUUAGCUGAGAGGGUCACUCCUAGCUGAGAGGAUUGGGGCUUUUUCAUUUAGUAGCAGGGGUCUGGUUUUGAGGGCAGCUUAUAGCUUUCUAGACUUGUAGCAUUAUUAGGUAAUGUCUCUGGCAGCCUCUCGCAUGCACACACCACACUUACAUUCUUUGUGCCUCCCGUUGUUUUCACAUCUGCAUUUUUCUCCUGUUAUUUUUGCAUGUUCCAUUUUUAAAAAAAUUUUGGGGGGUGGGAAUGAAGGCUGUCUGUAGAAGUUGAGGUUCCAGAUACAAGAUCCAUCCUGUAUCUUCCUUUUUGCUCAGCAUUAACUUGCUUGUUUCAGAAUAUUUGGUGAAUGCUACUGUGAUGAUACUAGUGUAAGACUCUCAGCAGGCUUUGGCCAGAUACUGCGUUAACAAUAGAGGUGUUUAAAAGCAGUAUUAAGGCGGAUCUGUUUAGGGCUCUUUAGGCUGUCUAAAGCUAGUUUGUGCUAAGUUUUCCUCCAAAUGCUCAGCCUAGAGAAGAACCCUGCAGAGACCCUUUGGUGUGUUCUCUUCCUGCCGGUCCUGAAGACUCCUCACCCAGCUCAGCAAGAGGUUUCUGUCCUGGUCUUGAGUGUAACCAGAGAAAGAAAGUGGGAAACUUUGGUAAUCUGGAGGAUUACACAAAAGCAUGAAAUAAUUACUUGGGCUGCAUUUUAAUCCAUCUGUAGAGGCUAUUUAUGAAUUAUUCACUUAUUAAUUCAGCAAAUACUUUGUAUUUUCUAUUAUGUGCUACAUGCUGCUCUAGGUACUGGGUGAACAAGACAGGCAGAGUUCCUGUUUUUAUGGAGCUUAUGCUUUGCUGUUGGGAGUUAAGUAACAAACAUGUAAACAGAUUAUUUCAAGUAAUAAUAAGUGCUAGGCAGAAAAUGAAACAGAUUAUGGGAUAGAGAGUGAGUAACCAAGGCAUGCAUGAGGGGCUGUUCCAGCUAACUUGGUGAUGUAAUGCCCCUAAGGAGGAGAAUUCCAGCUAAACGGUAAGGAGAUAGCCAUGUGGCUAACUCAGGGGAAGAGUGUUGCAGGCAGAGAAAGUAGUAAGUGCAGAAGUGCUAACAUGUCCAAGGGACAGAAAGAGAGCCAGAGUGGCUGAAGUAUAAUGAACAGGGGUAGAAAAUGAGCUUGGAGAGGUAGGCAGGAGCCAUAUCUCACAGGACUGGGAAAAUGAUUUUUUAUAUAUAU